AUGCCAUGGCCCCUGGGUUUGGAUGACGAUGUUCCGCUAGAAACGGGUUGUUGUCCACAUCCAUGUUUGUUGGAGGGAGGAUACUAUCCUGCUUUUACUUUGUUCCCGCAGGUUCCACAAGCCACUCCAAACGGAGCUUUGGACUACGGGAACUACUACAGCACUUGGGCCGACCCGGCAGUCUUCCAGCGCGUGAGCGCGGAGUUACGCGAUCGACAUUUGGCCUGGCAAGCGAAAAAGCAGCCGUGGAGCGGAGACUACGCACCGAUCACUCCCUUGGAUCCGAACAACCAUGUCUACAAGUUCUGA